AUAAUAAAAGAAAAUACAAUUGAAGAAAUUAAUCUUGAAUAUAUUGAACAUAUAUUUCAAUUAAACUAUCAAGCUUAUCGUGCACUUUUUUUUGAAUUACAUAUUCAAAAUCAAUAUAUUAAUAUAAAUCGAAAUCUUAUUAAUAUAACACGUUUAUCUAUUAAAAUAAUACUUAUAUGUGGUGAUGACAUAAAACCAAUGCAAACUAUUUAUAUGAUUCAUAAUCAUAAUAUAACCUUAGAAAGUCAACAAGAUUUAUGUUUACCCAUAUUUAUUCCAUCAAUAAAUACAAUCUCACCAAUAAUAAUCAUUGAAACAUCUUCAAAUGAAUUAUUAUCUAUAUCAGAUAAAAAAUCAAAACAUAUUAUUCUAAUUAUUAUUCUAUUAACUAGUUGUUUACUAUGUUUAUUAAUUUCAUUUAUAAUCUGUUGUCUUAAGUAUAUAAGAUAUUAUCGUUCUAGAGUAUCUAGAAUAUCUGAAACAACCAGUGAACUUUCAAUCAGUCAAGAUAGAAGUGUCGAAACACCGUCACCAUUAAAUGACAAAAUUAAAUUAGAACGACCAUUAAGUCGAAUGCGUGCUAUACAAAUACUUGAGGAUGAUAUUUGA